AUGAGGAUUGCUGUCGCCCUUUGGAAGCUCGCCACCAACUCUGACUACAGGAGCAUAGGGCAUAUAUUUGGGAUUGGCCUUUCAACUGCCUGUGACUGUUUAAGAGAGUUCUGCUCCGCCGUGGAAGAAGUUUUGCUGCCAGAGGUCCUGAAAAUACCUAGCCUUGACAAAAUGAAAGAACAUGCACAGUACUUUGAGCAAAGAUGGGGGUUGCCACAGUGUAUUGGGGCUGUUGAUGGCUCCCACAUCCCAAUUUUAGCACCCCAGCAGUACCAUACAGAGUAUUUCAAUAGAAAAGGAUGGUACUCGAUUGUUUUACAGGCAGUUGUAGAUGAAAGAGGUUUGAUUUGGAACGCAUACACUGGGCAACCUGGUAGCCUGCAUGGUGCCCGAGUGUUACGCUUGUCUGCUCUGUGGGAACUGGCUGAGAGGGGCAGGGUAUUUUCACAGGAGUACAUGAGUGUUGGAGGGCAGAAUGUUGGCUACUACAUCAUUGGAGAUGCUGCAUAUCCACUGAAAAGCUGGCUCAUGAAGCAAUUUGCAGACACUGGUGCCUUAACCAAAGAAGAGCAGACAUUCAACGUGAAGACAAGCAGGGCAAGAGUUGUGGUUGAGCAUGCUUUUGGUAGACUGAAAGGAAGGUGGCGAUGCCUCCAAAAGUGCAAUGACUGCAGCCUAGAGAGGAUCAAGUCCAUGGUGCUCACGUGCUGUGUGCUUCAUAACCUCUGUGAAAGUCACAAUGAGAUGUGGAGAGAGGAGUGGAGCGAGCCACUGCCACUGCAGCCAGACACUCUUGUUCAACCACCUGCUACAGAUGCUGAAGGUGUAGCUGUGCGUUCAGCCUUGAUGCGCCACUUUGUGUUGCCCAACUAA